AUGGGUGGUGACAUAAAUGAAUACCAACUCAUUCCUGAAACAAUAAGGCCUUCAGUAGCGGAAAAAGAGGCAAAGGAGGUACACUUUGAAAGGACCAUCACGAUUACUAAUGAGGAUAUAAUAUUACACAAAAGGUUGAAUAAAUAUCAACUUAAACCAUAUAAUAUAAUUACAAAGAGAGUUUUUUCAAACAAAGCUGGGACAUUCUUCAUUGACGGACCUGGAGGAACAGGGAAAAUCUUUUUAUAUCAUGCAUUGUUGGCAACUGUACGAUCUAAAGGGUAUAUAGCAUUGGCAACUACCACUUCUGGUGUAGCUGCAUCUAUACUCCCUGGUGGACGAACUGCACAUUCACAUUUUAAAAUACCAAUAAAUACUGACGACAAUGUGAGCUACAACAUCAGCAAACAAAGCUCACUUGCCUAUUUGAUUCAGGAUGCAAAAUUAAUUAUAUGGGAUGAAGUAUCUAUGGCGAAAAAAAGAAUGAUUGAACUGCUUGAUUUACUUUUGAAGGACUUAAUGGAUUCAACGAUACUAUUUGGUGGAAAAGUUGUAGUUCUUGGAGGUGACUUCAUGCAGACAUUGUCGGUAGUUCGGAACGGAAAAAAGGAUGAUUUCAUUAAUGAAAGUUUACUAGAUUCUCAUAUUUGGGAAGAACUUGAAUGGGUGCAGCUAUUCGAAAAUAUGAGAGCGAUAGAUGAUCCUUCAUUCUGUAAUUAUUUGUUGCGAAUAGGAAAUGAAGAAGAAAAAGUAAACUCAGCAAAUAAGAUUGAAAUUCCAACUUCUUUGAUCAUUCCUUAUACAACCGAACAGGAAUCUUUGGAUAAAUUAUUAGCGAUAACUUAUCCAGACGUGCAUAUAUUUUUUUCCUCCUCAUGCUACACAAGUUCCCGCGUUAUUUAA